AUGAAGAUAAUAUUUUGGAAUAUUACAGGCCUUCUACGACAUAAGGCCAAAGAUAAAUUGAGAAGUCUUGUUAAUUCCAAUAAUCCUUCUCUGGUUUGGAUUGUUGAACCCAAAAUGAAAACAACAAAUUUUCAUUUCAAGCUCCCAGGGAUGCAUCAUCAAAUUAUUCAUAACUCAAAAGAUAAAUCUAAAGGUAACAUCUGGAUUUUCUGGAAUUGUUCUUUAACUGCUCCUUAUAUUAUCAAAGUUACCAGUCAAAGUAUUACAGUGGAAAUUGGUGAUUUUAAUACUUUUAUUUCUAUUGAUGAAAAAAGAGGUGGUAGACAUCCCAAUUCAAAUGCAAUAAAUGAGUUUCAAGAAUGUGUGGAUUUUUGUGGUCUUCUUCAAGCUCCUAAAAGUGGUCUGGAAUUCUCUUGGUGCAAUGGUAGAUCUGGAAACAAAAGGAUCCUUUGUAAUCUUGAUAGAGCUCUUUUUGACUUAAAAUGGUUAGAGAAAUUUAAUGGUUGGAGCUACAAGGUUGGAACUAGAGGAAUCUUUGAUCAUAGCCAUAUUAUUGGUUCAGAUGUUGUCAUUCCUAAAGCUCUAAACUCUCCUUUUAGAUUUCAGAAAAUGUGGUUGAAUUUUCCUGAUUUUAUUCAAGUCUUUGGGGAUGUUAAAGAAACUCUUAGGAAAGCUGAAGAAAAGGUGUUAGAAGAAACUUUGAAAUCAGAUAAUGAUCCUUCUAAUAUUAGCCUUUUAAACAACUUGGUUACUGCUAGAGGGAAAUGUGAUAUUGCUGCUCAAAAUUACAACACUUUUCUAAGAGAGAAAGCAAGAAUAAACUGGAUUCAAGAUGGUGAUGUUAAUUCUAAAUUCUUCCAUACAAGGAUUAAACUAAGAAAAGCUCAAAAUUCCAUUUCUGAAAUUGAAGACUCAUCUGGUAACAUUAUCACUGAUCAAACUGGUAUUUCCAAUGUUCUCAUUGAUUAUGUUAGCAACAAAUUUGCUCAUCAAGAUAUUACUGUAAAUGACUCUUUCUUUGAAGCUGCUCCAGAAGUUAUUAAUGCUGAAGAUAAUUCCUUCUUAGAAUGUUUUCCCACUGAAGAAGACAUCAAGAAUGCUACUUUUAAUCUAAACCCAGAUGGUGCUCCUGGACCAGAUGGAUUUACUGGUUCCUUCUACAGAUUUUCUUGGGAGGUGUUAAGAAUAGCUAAGCAAUUUAGGCCUAUUGGCCUUAGUAACUUCUGCUUUAAAAUAAUCACCAAAAGUAUUACCAUGAGGAUCAGCAAAUUCCUUCCAAAGAUUGAUUCCCCUCAGCAAUGUGCUUUUGUUAAAAAUAGGAACAUUCAUGAACAUGUGAUGCUUGCUUCUGAGCUUGUCAAUGAAUUUUCAGUAAAAAGAAGAGGAGGUAACUUGGGACUUAAAUUAGACAUUUCUCAAGCUUAUGAUACUAUGAGUUGGGAUCAAUAA